AUGGGAGUUGCAUCACUUUGGAAGCUUGUUGAUGCAGCAGCAAAGCUUUGGUCAUUGCUGCAGUUUGCAGUUGCUGAAGGCUUUGACACCAACCGACAUGGUACCCACACGAUCGUUGUGGGCAUCAAUGCAAGUAUCUGGCUCAAUGAGGCCCAAUUCACUCACACCAAAGGCGGUUGCUGGUAUCAGUGA